UUUAAUAUUCAUAAAGUUCUGGCUAAAUUCUGUACUAUCAAUCCCAUCUAGCAAUUGAAUGCUAAAUUCUAAAAUUCCCAAUACUAAUAAAUAUGUGAAUAAAUGAAAUAGCAUAAUAAAUCAACAGGUAUCAAGUAUAUGGCCAAAACAAUCUUCUCAUUGAAAAGAGAAUUAGAUUCUUAAUCGAAUAAUAUACAAUUAAUACAAUAAGUGACUCAAGAAAUUAAAGUAAUUCUCUGCAUUACAAAAGUUAGGGUUUUAUGAUUAGCAAAAAAUAUGAUAUUCGUUCAUAUAAGCAAUUGACUCAAAUCUACAAAUAUGUGUAGGAUUAGGAAUUUGCCUUAACAAUAUUCCCAAGAAGUAAGCCAUUAAGAGAGAAAUAAAAAAAAGUGCUUGCUUUGCAUGAACUAGAUAGAUUUGAUGAAUAUUUCAAUUAUAAAAAAUUAGAUGAUCCUGCUUUAAGUUUUAUUAUUUUUAAACUCAAUUAGAACACGAAGAAGAAGCUAGAAGGGAAGAUAUAAUUAAUUCAAGACUUGAUACAUUGAAUCCCUUGGGCUUAGAUUUAUUUGCAUAAUCUCCUGUUUAAGUUGUUCUUACAAUCUAAACACCGUAAUUAGAUUAAGUGAUGCUUCUGACGAUUCUGAUUAGUUAUGGAGGCAUAGAAUUUAAGGAUCUUUCAGUUUUUGAUAAUGUAAAUUUGAGACAAGAAUGGCAUACAAAAUUAUUAGACAUUGUGGAGGAGUAUACAGAUGCUUAUAGAGCAGAUGUGUUAGACUUAUCAGAUGUAUUUAGUUAUUGUAUAUUAGCCAUUUCAAAGUAAUAUUGUUAAAUAUUUAAAUUCUUUUGGAUUUGAGGCACAGGACGCUUAUUAUUUAGAGUUACUAGCCAUUCUUUCAGAGUAAAAUAACUAUAUGAACUGGUUGAAUGAUUUGCACAACAUAGUAUUAGCCAAUUAAAUGCAUUCUGCAUGA